AUGUUUCUUCAAUAUCUCUUUUUUGAUGCUGAAUUUCGGCGUUUUUCUAUCAACAAGACUGAAAAUGCUGAGUUUGACCAUUUCAACAAUUUAGUGGAAACUCUUCAUCACCUUCAAAGCAUUCCAUUUGUUAUCACAUACACAGACCCAACACAUGGAGACCUCCUGCCAAUAAAUAAUAAUGAUAACUUCUUAAAAGCUGUAUCCACCGCCCGUCCAUUACUACGGUUACAAGUGCAGCGAAAAGGUGAAAGUUAUGGUGAAGUGAAUGGUUAUGGAAAUGGCCCCGUGAAACGACGUAAUCCUAUCAGCAAACUUAUAAAAAGUGGAGCAGAAUCAUCACCAAAACCUCGAUUAAAAAUCGGUUUGCCUGAAGAAUUUCGACGAGUUUCUGCCAUCAUUGAUGUGGACAUUGUUCCAGAAACUCACAGGCGAGUCAAACUUAUGAAAAAUGGUUCCGACAAACCUUUGGGAUUUUACAUUCGUGAUGGCACAAGUUUCAGAGUAACUCCAAGUGGUGUUGAAAAGGUUCCUGGAAUCUUUAUUUCUCGGUUGGUCCCUGGCGGAUUGGCUGAGAGCACUGGUUUAUUGGCUGUUAAUGAUGAAGUCUUGGAAGUGAAUGGUAUUGAGGUCACUGGUAAAACCCUCGAUCAAGUGACAGACAUGAUGGUUGCUAACAGUGCAAAUCUUAUCAUCACUGUGAAACCAGUUAAUCAAAGACUAACUCUAGCACCACAGCGUGGAGGCUAUGGCCGAUAUUCACAGAUGUCUAACACUUCUCAAAAUUCACACCAAGCAACCAAGUCUUUUGAUAGUGAUAUCACUGAACCAGAUGAUGAAGAUGAGAUUCAUGACCAUAUCACAAAAGAAGAUAAGGACAGUGCUGUUGUUUUCCUGUCAUUCUUUUCCCUCACCACUUUCAUCCUUUUUCUCUUACAUAUUUUAACUUUUUUAUUUCUUUUCUUUCAUUGA